UUUGAAAUAACAGUAGCAAACGUGGAUAACGUCGGUUAUUUGGCAGACGGAGGUAGCUAGAUGGAUCGACGGAUUAACUAUCCAAGAUAGGGCGAGUAAUAUAAAACGUUAUUAGACUGCAUGAAAUGCAGAUGACCAGUGGCUAGAGUGGGCGGGCGGCAGCGCGAUGGACGAGUUGGUGCAUGACCUGGCGUCGGCGCUGGAGCAGACCUCGGAGCAGAACAAGCUGGAGGAGCUGUGGGAGGAGAUGGUGCUGAGCCCGCUGCAGCAGCGCCGGCAGAUCCGCCGCAGGCGGGGACGCAAGCGCCGCUGCGACUCCUCCCUCCACCCGCUGGAGCACGGGCGCUGCCUGAGCGAGGCGUCCGAGUCCAGCCUGGACGAGGCGGCCAAGGACUGCCGCGAGAACGCCGCCGCCGCCGCCAACUUCAGCGACUCGGACGACAUGAUGGUGGCCAAGCGCCGGCCCUCCUUCACCUCCGGCACCGCCUCCCUCAAGACCAAGCAGCACUCGUGGCCCGAGUCGGACUCCUUCACCGAGAACACGCCGGGGCGGCCGCUCCGCAGGCGCCGCAAGGUCAAGCGCAUGACCUCGGACGUGAUGGUCAGCCUGCAGCAGAAGCUCAAGGUGUCCGAGCUGGACGGCGAGCGCGUGGGCAAGUCGGCCAAGAAGCAGCGGCUGUCCAAGCUGAAGAAGGGGGCGGGGCCCUGGGCGGGCGCCGGCCGCGACGCGGGGGCCGGCGGCGCGGGGCUCAUGUCCGAGGAGUGCUGGAAGGACAAGAUCAUGUUCGAAGCCAAGGACCAGAGAGAGGCCUCGGAUGAGAACAUGUCCGAAUGUGAAACCAGCAGUGUAUGUAGCAGUGAUCCUGGGCUUUUCACAAACGACGAGGGGAGGCAAGGCGACGACGAGCAGAGCGACUGGUUCUUCGAGGGGGAGUGCGGCCCGGGCAUGGGGGUCCCCGGCCUGCUCUCGGGCUGGGACGCGGACGCUCAGCCCGAGCUGGAGGUGCUGGAGUCGGGCCUGGACAAGCUCUCCUCCCCCACCUUCCUGCAGCCGGCCCGGCCCUCCCAGAGAGGGUACCACGCCCGUCUGAACCGCCUGCCCGGAGUGGCUGCCCGCUGCAUCAGGAAGGGCAGGAGGAGGCUACCUGGCAAGGACAGUAGCAUGGCGUCCAUGUCUGUGGAGAGGAUGAAGCAUUUCUCCCAGGACCCCUACCAGAAAGAUUUUUGGCUGCCGUCAAUCGGGAAACGAGACUGGCAUCAGUUCAACCCCCUGUCUCCUCUCUACCCGAUGGACAUGGUGUGCGACAGCUCCCAUCGAAGGUGCUCCUCCUCCAUCUGCAAAAACAGACAGACGAGCGUUCAUCUGGGAUUGCUGUGCACAGGCGACAUUAAGAGGAGGAGGAAGACCACGGCUGUUCCCAGCACAGCAGGAGCCUGCAUCCCCUUCCAGGAGGACAGUCUGAGCGAGGCGGCGGAAGGUUCCAGAAACGAGAGCCGGCCCCUGGGCAUGGAGUCCACCGGAGGAGGCCACAUGGCUUCGGAGAAGCAGGACUUCAUCAAACCCGGGACAUUCUUCAGCAUGCAGAGGGAGCAAGAGGAGGACUGAGGGGCCAGGGGGAGAGGCGGGCACUCCCCCAUGGCUCCUUCCCUAAACUGGGGGUGGGGGGUGGGGGGUGGGGGGUGCUAUGCUGGGUGUGUUCAGAGAGAGAUCUAAAUUACAUCUGAUAACGGCAAGUUGUUAAACUGAUUUUAAGCGGGAGAAAAAAGAAGCGUUCGCAGGGACUCAGAUUGCUGCUCCUCUGCCCCGUGCUGAAAGGAGCCCUUACGCGCGGCACUUAAAGGAUGAAAAAAAUGUUAAUGCAAUCAAGCCUGUUAAUCACUUCUCUCUCAGUCAUUUCCACGAGCGGCGAGGAGGUUUCAAGGGCCACUAACGAAGUAACCUCGACGUGGCCGCGCCACACGGGACCCGCGGGGGCCGCCGCGCCGCCCCGCCCCCCCGCCCGCCCAAACAAUUAUGCCCCGUUCGAGUUGUUAUGCAUUUGCCUGCAGGG